AUGAAUAUCCCAGCUUCAGAAUCAGAAGUUCAAAAAUCACAUGAGGAAAGAUAUAAAAAUUACUUUUUGGAAUCUACUAAAAAUUUAUUAGAUGGUGAUAUUGACGAAACACUUUCAGAAGAAGGCACAAAAUUUAUUCGUAAACAUAAGCUUCAGUUUAUUGACGAUGGAGAUUAUCCAUGUAUAUUACUUUCACCACCUUUAGAUUCCGAGAAAUUCAAAAAAGCUCUUAAAAACGUGACAUAUGCAACUAAUACGAUUAAGAAAGAAGAUCAUGAUAUUUACACAAAUUAUUAUUUAAAUAAAUGCACAGGUGUUGAUAAAGUUUUUGAUUUGUUAGAUAAAAUAUCAAAAGAAACAAUUGGUACAUAUAAAAUUUUAUGCGAUUGUGGUUUCAUUAUUGAAGAUACCAAUAAUGUUUCAUAUGAAAGAACAGCACCGAAGGAAGACGAAGUGGAAAGGUCUAUAUCAUUCGUUAUUAAGAACAUAAAAGAUAUGAAAACUUAUAAACAUUAUAUUUAUUCAUUUAUUUCAGAAAAAAUGGAAGCAACCCAUAAAACAUCAUCUCAUCAUUUUAUAGCUAUUCAUACAUUCCUUUUCAAAGUUGUGAAAUUAAAUAAGACAGGAAUUAGAUUUAAUGUAUCAGGGUACACAUUCUUGAGUAAAUUAAAAUGUAUUCGUCACGUCGCAGAUGAUAAAAAUUUAUGUGUUCUUAAUUCAUUUUAUGGACUUUAA